UAAGCGCUUCUCCGGCGUUGCUUUGCUUUACACCACAUAAUAUAAAACCAUUCACGCACCAAAUCGGCACGCGCACAAUGUCUGUCUAGUAGCACGUGAAUUUUCCAAGUGAUCAGUGCCGAAAAAACAAUUCAAAGUGUAGUGAUUUAGUUCAGCAAAAUGACUUCCAGUGUCAAACAGACCGUUAUCAAAAACCCGACAUGGUGGAAACGACGAACGAGCAUGGAGCGCUGCUUGACGCUCCUCACGGCCAUCAGCACCCUCAUCGGCAUCUCCCUGGUGGUGGCGCUCGUCACAGUGUUGUACAACAAGAACCAGGAAGCCCGCACGACUUUCAGCGCCGAGGCUCUACACAGCGCAAAUACGCCCGCCGUCGUGAACGCCUUCCCCGAGGAGGGCAAGCUCGACACCUGUCUCACCCCCGGCUGCAUUCACACGGCCUCCACAGUGCUCAAAUACAUGGACCAUAGCGUGGACCCCUGCGACGAUUUUUACCAAUUCACCUGCGGGAAUUUCCUCAAGACUACCAAUAUUCCGGAUGAUAAGUCGUCGGUUACUUCGUUUAGUCUCAUCAGUGAUACGCUGCAAGAGCAGUUGAGGACGAUGAUCGAGGAGCCGAUCAAGCCGGUCGAGCCUAAGCCUUUCCAACUCACCAAAAAGUUGUACAAGGCUUGCAUGAACAAGACGCUUAUUGAGAAAGAUGGGUUGAAGACUAUCAGGACGAUUUUGAGACAGUUGGGGGGCUGGCCGGUCCUCGAAGGGGACGAUUGGAGCGCUGGGGAAUUCGACUGGAGACAAUCGGUUUAUAAAUUCAGGAGGAUGGGCUACAGUGUCGAUUAUUUCAUCGAUUUUUCGGUCGGAAUCGAUUUAAAAAAUUCAACUCGGAGGAUCAUUGAUUUGGAUCAAGCUUCCCUCGGCCUCCGUCGCGAGUUCCUCACCAAAGGCUUCGCCGACAAGCUCGUCAAUGCGUAUUAUGAAUACAUGGUCGACAUUGCUGUCCUCUUCGGCGCUGACAAAGAACGAGCCGCUGAAGAACUCAAAGAGUCCCUUCUUUUCGAGAUGAGAUUGGCUAAUAUUUCUCUACCGAGCGAGAAAAGACGUAAUGCUACUGCACUUUACAAUCCCAUGACAAUCGACGAACUUCAGCGCAAAUUCCCCAGCAUCCCUUGGGUGGAGUACAUGAAUACACUUUUAGCUCCAGACACACAAAUCACACAUGAUGAAAUCGUGGUGGUUAGCGUUCCAAAAUAUUUGACUGAUUUCGAGGCUUUGAUCAGUAGAACACCCAAGAGAGUCCAGGCGAAUUACGUCAUGUGGCGAGCUGCCGCCUCCUCUGUGUCAUACCUCACGGAGGAUUUGAGGAAACGGCAGUUGGAAUACACGACUGUGGUGACAGGAAGAACCGAAAGAGAGUCUAGGUGGAAAGAAUGCAUUGAUAUUUCGGCUGGAAGUUUAUCGAUAGCUGCUGGUGCCCUGUAUGUCAGGAAGUACUUCAACGAGCAAGCGAGACAAAACGCGUUGGAAAUGGUGUCCGAUAUCAGGAUUGAAUUUCAAGAUAUCCUCAAAAAUGUUGAUUGGAUGGACCCCGAAACGAAGAAAAAUGCUCUGGACAAGGCCAAGUCUAUGUCGACUCAUAUCGCAUACCCUGACGAGCUUCUCGACGAUAGAAAACUUGAAGAAUUUUACGGUGACUUGGAAUUGGACGAGAAUUACUACUUAAGGUCUAUCCUCAAUUUGACUCUUUUUGGGACCAGAUUUUCCUUUAAAAGAUUGAGACAGCCGGUCAAUAAGACCGAUUGGAUCACUCAUGGCCGGCCUGCUGUCGUCAAUGCCUUCUACUCAGCUUUGGAAAAUAGCAUUCAAUUCCCGGCUGGAAUCCUCCAAGGUGUUUUCUUUGACGCUAAUCGUCCCCGUUACAUGAACUACGGGGCUAUUGGAUUYGUUAUUGGUCACGAAAUCACUCACGGUUUUGACGAUCAGGGCCGCCAGUUUGACAAAAACGGUAAUUUGGUCGAAUGGUGGGCUCCUGAGACCAAGAAAGCCUACUUGGAKAAGGCUCAGUGCAUUAUCGACCAAUACGGGAACUACACAGUACCCGAGCUGAAUAUCAAUUUGAAUGGCAUUAACACUCAGGGAGAGAACAUUGCCGACAAUGGCGGUAUUAAGGAGGCGUAUUUAGCUUAUAAUAAGUGGGUUGAACGGAACGGUGAAGAAGCACGAUUGCCCGGCCUUAAUUAUACCGGUCGGCAGUUGUUUUGGGUAUCGGCAGCUAGUAUUUGGUGCUCAAAAACGCGCGAGGAGGAGUUAGAACAGUUGGUUAUAACCGACGAACAUGCCCCUGACAAGUACAGGGUUCUAGUUCCUUUGACUAACAUGGAAUAUUUUGCUAAAGAUUUUAACUGUCCCAAAGAUUCGAAAAUGAAUCCGCAGCAUAAAUGUCAAGUGUGGUAGCUUUAACUUAUUGACUGAUUUUUGAAUUUUAUGAGUGAAUCUCUGAUUCUAGUACUUAAUUUCGUUGCGCUGAUUAGUUGUAAAUAGAUAGGUGUAGCUUGUGAUUGUUUUAUUAAUAAAUUUUUUACCUAUAAUGGGGUCCUGUAUAACAUUUUUUGUGUACAUAAAGAGGGGAUUAGUAGUGGUUUGGUAGCUUUAUAGGCCUUGAAUAACGCCGUCGUGUCCAAUUCCAGCUCAACGGAAUUAACACUCAAGGAGAAAAUAUAGCUGAUAAUGGUGGUAUCAAAGAGGCCUAUUUGGCUUACAAUAAAUGGACACAACGCCACGGUAUAGAGAAAACCCUCCCUGGAC